AACCCAGUUUACCUCGAAGUCGAAUAUUCGAAAGUUGUGUAUUCCGCCUAAUGAAUAAAAUGUGGAAUAAAGUACUUUUAGCCUUAGCGCUUGUGACUUUGGUGGAUCUAGAGUUUGUAAACUCGCUGACUUGUUACAGCUGCAAUACACCUCAAUCCUGCCAGAAGCCCUGGAAGGAAGUUUGCACUGAUUCCACGGCGAAUAAGACGAGCUCCUGGUUGAGUGACAUCCAUAGCAAUGUCCCUCCAGUUAGUCACAGUGAUGAGUUCAAGUGCAUGAAUCUUACUUAUUACGUUAAUUCAACUUAUGUAAUAACGCACGAGUUUCUGGGCUGUUAUCAUCAAUUAAUGUCUGUGGAUUGAAUCUUAAGAUCACCUUUAAUACCCUACGCAAAUACUGCAAUACAUGUUUUUGAGACUUGUGCAAUGGAAAUCCGGCUGGUACAUUUAGCAGUAGCACCUACACCAUCUUUGUCUCAAUUAUGUGUCUGCUUUUGGCAGCAAAAUCAUGUAUUUUCAGUUAAUUUAAAAAUAUUUAUCAUACUAAUAAAGAUAAAUACAUAUUAGAGAAG